AGCUUUUCCUCUGCCAGGGGUCAAAGAAGGGGAGCUCAAACUGACUGAGCUCUAGACUAGCAAACACUAGCUAAAUUAUACAAAUAUUAACUAGCCUAAUUCUUCACUCUCGAAAACAAACUGGACCAGCUAGUUUAGCUGACUACCACCAAACUACAGCUAACCAACAAGCUAUUUUAUUUUUUUCCGGUGAGAUUCAAGAAAGCCAAAACCAGAGAAACUCUGGUGGAGUGAGGCUAAAAGCUAACCGGCUACAAUCUCCAAAAUUGCUAACUAGCAAGCUAAAAACACAUAGUUUGAGUGGACACAACUAAAUGAAAGCUUCCCUAUCAGAGUAAUCACUGUAUUUCUCUCUGGCUAGUUUGAAAAGCCCUAACUGCUGGAGCUGCAGGAUUGCUUCUUUUCCUCUUUUGCCUUUUCCCUGCUGUUUCCUCUUCUCUGUCCCUGCCCACUCCGAGACUUUCUUGCUUUUCCUUUCUCAAACAGACACUCACACACAUACACACACACAUCAUGGAGUCACUCUAACACUUUCUCUCUCUUGCUGACACUCUCUCUCUCUAUCUCUCUCUUUCUGAAACAAACACUCUCUUGCUCUCUCUCUCUCUAGAUUUUUUCUCUCUGCCAGUCUUACACGCUUGCACACUAUCUCUCUCUCAUUCCCUCCCUCUCUCUCUUCCUCCCUCCCUCUCUCUCUUUACCUCCCUCCCUCUUCCUCUCUCUCUCUCUCUCUCUUGCGCGCUCUCUCUCUGCUCCGUGGCUGCUGUGCUCAGUUCAUCAUGUUGGCUGGAGGAUGCUGCGCGCGGCCGUUCUCUCUCUCCUGCCCCUGAGCGCUCACCCGGAGGAGGACGAGCAGGAGCAGGAGGAAGAGGGGAAAGACGGAGAAGAGGAGGAAGAAGAGGAAGAGGAGGCGGUGGAGGAGGAAGAGGAAGGCUCCGGGGCCAGCGGGGUCCAGGCUGUUGACCCCAUGCUCCGGUCUCACAGCGCGUAUCUGCUGGAGGGUCCGGAGGAGGCUGGGCUGAAGUCCCCCGACUGGCUGUACGAGUCGUACUACCGCAUGAGCCAGCAGCACCCGCUCAUCGUCUUCCUGCUGCUCAUCGUCAUGGGAGCCUGUCUCGCCCUCAUCUCCGUCUUCUUCGCCUCGGGACUGGACAUAGAGGAGCACGUGGCCUUCCUCAUCACGGUGCCCACCACACUGGUCAUCUUCCUCACCAUCUUCAUCCUCGUCUGUAUCGAGUCCGUCUUCAAGAAGCUCCUCCGCCUCUUUUCUUUGCUCAUCUGGGGCUGCCUGGUUGCCAUGGGUUACCUCUUCAUGUUCUUCGGAGGGAUCAUCUGUCCGUGGGACCAGGUCUCAUUCUUUCUCUUCAUAGUCUUUGUGGUUUACACCAUGCUGCCGUUCUCCAUGCGGGACGCUGUCAUCGCCAGUAUCCUCACCUCUUCCUCACACACGCUGGUGCUCAGCAUCUGCCUCUCCAACACCACAGAGCACACGGAGCCUCUCGUCUGGCAGAUCCUGGCUAACAUCAUCAUCUUCAUCUGCGGAAACAUGGCAGGCGCCUAUCACAAGCACCUGAUGGAUCUCGCGCUUAGACAGACCUACCAGGACACAUGCAACUGCAUCAAAUCACCCAUCAAACUGGAGUUUGAGAAACAUCAGCAGGAGCGUCUCUUGCUGUCCCUGCUGCCCGCCCAUAUUGCACGUGUGAUGAAGGCAGAGAUCAUCCAGAGGCUGAAGGGACCAAACUGCGGCCAGGCCGAGAACACCAACAAUUUCCACAACCUCUAUGUGCAGAGACACACCAACGUCAGCAUCCUGUAUGCAGACAUCGUUGGCUUCACUCAGCUGGCCAGUGACUGCUCUCCAGGGGAGCUGGUUCAUAUGCUCAAUGAGCUUUUUGGCAAAUUUGACCAGAUUGCCAAGGACAAUGAGUGCAUGAGGAUAAAGAUUUUAGGGGACUGUUAUUACUGCGUGUCUGGACUGCCAGAGUUUCUACCCGACCAUGCCAAGAACUGCAUAAAGAUGGGACUGGACAUGUGUGAGGCCAUCAAGAAGGUGAGAGAUGCCACUGGGGUCGACAUCAACAUGCGCGUUGGAGUGCAUUCGGGGAACGUUCUGUGUGGUGUAAUUGGCCUGCAGAAAUGGCAGUACGAUGUCUGGUCACAUGACGUCACUCUGGCCAAUCACAUGGAGGCUGGGGGUGUACCUGGGCGGGUUCAUAUCUCCUCUGUAACACUGGAACAUUUGAAGGGGGCGUAUAAAGUGGAGGCGGGAAUGGGACAGAGCCGGGACUCAUACCUAAAAGAGCACGGCAUCGUCACUUACCUGGUCAUCAACCCGAAGAGUGAGAGACGUAGCCCGCAGCUCCACUGCCGCCCCCGUCCUGCUCUGGACGGGGUGAAGAUGAGGGCGUCAGUCCGCAUGACUCAGUACCUGGAGUCUUGGGGAGCAGCUAAGCCCUUUGCCAACCUGCACCACAGAGACAGCAUGACCAACGAGAACGGCAAGAUCAACACUCGCGAUGUACCACUGGGGCACUUCCAUUUUCAAGGGCCAUCAGAAAGAACAAAAUCUCAGAAGAAGAGGUUUGAAGAGGAGCUGAAUGAAAGGAUGAUUCGCACAAUUGAUGGCAUCAACUCACAAAAACAGUGGCUGAAGUCUGAGGACAUUCAGAGGAUAUCUCUCUUCUUUCACAACAAGACUCUGGAGAAAGAGUAUCGAGCAACGACUUUACCUGCCUUCAAGUACUACGUCACCUGUGCAUGCCUCAUCUUCUUCUGUAUUUUCGUAGUGCAAGUUCUAGUCCUGCCAAAAACCGCUCUCCUCGGGGUGUCGUUUGGACUGGCCUUCCUGUUGCUGUCUCUUAUUCUUAUAAUUUGUUUUGCUCGUCAUAUACUGCGAUGGGGCACGGUGGCCUCCUGCUCUCUGCCCUGGCUCCCCAACUCCUCCACACUCGACGCCAAUAAGCCUUGGAUUCGGCUUGUGCUCACCAUGGCAACCACCGCGCUCAUCCUGGUCAUGGCCGUGUUCAACAUGUUCUUUCUAGAGGAUGAGAAGCUGAUUACAGAGGCUGCACCAAACAUUUCCAAUGAAAGCGUGUACAGUGUUUAUGGCCAAACCAUCCAAGCUUCAGACAACAAGUUCUACCUGCCUUACUUCAUCUACAGCUGUAUCCUGGGGCUGGUGUCCUGCUCCGUGUUCCUGAGGAUCAAUUAUGAGCUGAAGAUGCUGAUCAUGCUGGCUGCAGUGGUUGGAUACAACAUCAUCAUCCUCCAGACCCACGCCUCUUUACUGGACGAGUACAGCACAGCGCUGUAUAAAACACAGCCACUGGACAGGCCGGGAGUGCUUAAAGAUUUGAAGACAAUGGGUUCUGUGUCUCUCUUCAUCUUCUUCGUUACACUGCUUGUGCUGGCGAGGCAGAAUGAAUAUUACUGUAGGUUAGACUUUCUCUGGAGGAACAAGUUCAAACGGGAGUGUGAGGAGAUCGAGACGAUGGAGAACCUUAACCGUGUGCUCCUGGAGAACGUUCUUCCAGCUCAUGUGGCAGAACAUUUCUUAGCCCGUAACUGGAAAAAUGAGGAUCUCUACCACCAGUCAUACGAUCUGGUGUGCGUCAUGUUUGCCUCCAUCCCAGACUUCAAGGAAUUCUACACCGAGUCCGACGUGAACAAGGAGGGGCUGGAGUGUCUCAGACUCCUCAAUGAAAUUAUAGCGGAUUUUGAUGAGUUACUCUCCAAGCCCAAGUUCAGUGGAGUGGAGAAGAUUAAAACUAUUGGCAGCACCUACAUGGCUGCUACUGGACUUAACAUCGCUCCUGGACCAGAGUACGCUCAGGAUCAUGACAGGCAGUACAUGCACAUCGGCACAAUGUUAGAGUUUGCCUUUGCUCUGGUGGGGAAACUGGAUCUUAUUAACAAACAUUCCUUCAAUGACUUCAAGUUGCGAGUGGGAAUAAACCAUGGACCAGUCAUCGCAGGGGUAAUAGGAGCCCAGAAACCACAGUAUGAUAUCUGGGGAAACACUGUGAAUGUAGCCAGCAGAAUGGAAAGCACAGGGGUCCUUGGGAAAAUUCAGGUGACCGAAGAAACAAGUCGGAUCUUACAGACUUUAGGAUACAUGUGCUCUUGUCGAGGAAUCAUCAAUGUGAAGGGCAAAGGGGACCUUAAGACUUUCUUUGUACACACCGAAAUGACCAGAACCUUAUCACAAGGGAAUGUAAUGCCUUGAACUUCUCUUCUACACAGAUCAAGAACAACUGCAUACAGAAGUCACCUCCCAUUCUCUCACAGACUGACACAUAUUCAGUAUUGCUCUGGCCUAGAAAUGUUUCUAUAGCAGUUCAUCUGCUGGACUACAAAAAAAUACCAGUAAAACAGAUCUUCAACCAUCUUCAAGGAGUUUAAUCCCCGGACAAGUCACUGUGUGAGAAACCCAGAUCAGAACAGCUGAGGGUUUGUAAAAUAUUUAUGGGAAAGAACACAAUGGAACACUUUGCAGAAGGGUUGUGUUUAUAAGUCUAUAUAUAAAUAUUUUUCUUGACAAUAAUAAAUAAUAAAUCUAAAGAAAUAAAAAAAAAAGUUUUUGAUUUGUCAUCAAUAACUCUUUGUAAAAUUGACAAAAGAAGCUUUUCCAACUUGCUUCUAUUGGAACAACCCUAGUCCUUAUAAAUGUUGCCCUUCAGUAAAGUGUUACCAAAUAAAACAAAAUACAAUGUGUGUGUUCAUGUUUUGGUGGUGCCACCAUUUUCUUAUCCAUUAAAGAAUUUCUAUAUAAACA